AAGAAUUUUGAAAGCAUUAAAUCGGUUAUGAAACACUUUGACAGGGACUGUUUGUAAAACGCUUGUAGAACAUUUGUAGGAUUUUAUAAGGAUUCGUUAAGAGACCCCAUAGGAAAAUUUACUUAGCAUUAGAAAUUCUCUCCAUGACGAUCUAACGUUUUGGAAGAGUCGGAGAAUAAAAAUGAAAAAUAUCUGGUUGGCUACGUGCUGAACACGCAUCGUGAAAAUAUGAAUCACAAUGGCCAAGUCAGAAAAUAUCAAAGAACAAAUUGCAGUUGACAGAGAAAAUGUUCUCUGUAGUGAUGGUAUGAAAGAAUACCUUGAGCCUAGAUUCGAGUGUCCUAUUUGUUUAACUUGGCUACGUGAUCCAGUUUUAACAUCUUGUGGUCAUAAAUUCUGUUCGCAAUGUAUAUACACUUGGCUUCAAAAGGAAGGUGCUUGUUGUCCAGUUGAUAGUAAACCACUAAAAUCUGAAAGUGAUUUAUUUAGAGAUUUGUAUACAAGCAGAGAGAUAUCGCAACAACGUACACCUUGCCCUUACAAACAAUUUGGUUGUAACAUUAAGUUAUCUCCAGUGGAUAUGGAUACACAUAUAAAUCAAUGCAUACAUAAAAGAAGUCUCACAGAUUCUCAAAAUAUUUAUUGCCAUUUUAAAAAAAUCGGCUGUAUAGAAACUUUUUGCACGGAAGAAGAUUUACAUAAGCAUUUAGAAACAAAUACAAAUCUUCAUUUAACUAUGGUUUUAAAGACAUUACCACAACUAUCUGUUAUGCAAACUCAUGCUAAUGCAGUAGCUGCUGAAUCUAAAUUGUGGGACCCCCCACCAAAAAGUGCAACAUCUUUAGAAAAUAAUGAAUCAUUGUUAGAAUGGCAGCAUUUGUUAAAGAAUCUGUAUGAAAGAAUAGUGGUAUUGGAACAGCAAAACAGAGAACUGUCCAUAACCGUUUCUAACCAAAAAACGCAGCUUACAACUUUGCAGACAUCUCAGAGAUUUAAUCAAGAAGAAAUGUUUUUGCGCAAUUGUAAUGGCGUUUAUAUUUGGAGGCUACAUUCUUUUCGUGAAAAGCUUGAAAGUAUGAUCAAUGAUCCAUUAAAAAUGUUUUAUAGCCCUGGUUUUUAUACUAGUCCUUUUGGUUAUAAGAUCUGUGCCAGAAUUAAUGUAUCGCCUAAAGAUUCUGAGUUUAUAUCAUUGCUUCUCCACAUAAUGAAAUCAGAAAAUGAUGAUGGUUUAGAUUGGCCGUUUAAUGGUACAAUGUACUUUAUUUUGGUACAUCCGCAUGAUUGGGAAAAAGAUAUACGAGAAAUAACUUCGUCGAUACCGGGUUUUGAAGCGUUUAGGAAACCAAUAUGUGAAUUAAAUAAACGUAGUUUCGGUUACACAGAAUUCGUACGAAUACGAGAUUUAUCAAAUUUUUUGCAAAAUGAUUGUUUGAUUUUCAGAAUAGAAGUUCGUGUUCAAGAUCGAUUUCAAAUAUCAGUAUAA